AUGCAAAACGUGCUCUGGGUGCUUGCAGGGCUAAUGUAUGCGCAUAUGUGCAGGUCCUCUGUUGGAAAACCCCGAGUGAAUGGGGAAGUUUUUCCUCUGAAAAUUCGGGUUAUUGUGGAGACUCUGAAGAUCCCCGAGUGGAAGGUCACGCAGGCAGUUGAAAUAUUCCAGAGGAUAUACGCGGAGAGUGGCCUGAAUGUGCGCGUAGAGUGCACUGAAGUCAGAUACGCACCUGAAACCAGGGGAGAGGAAAGGCCCAAAGAGAUAUACUCGGAUGAUACCCAGGAGAUAGAAGGAAUUGCACUUUUCAACGCCCUUCAGACGGUAGCAGAAGGAAUAACGGAAAAAAAGAAUUUUUCAGGCAGGAAUCAGGCGAUGUUUUUCCUCCACUUGGAAGAGAGUCCGAAAGUCCACGGGGCGUCAAUAGAGGGCGGACUCUUCAGGGGAAGCCCAAUUGCUAUUUGCACGAUAACCCCGCAGGAUACUCCGAAGGAAAUAGGCGAGACAAUGGCCCACGAACUAGCCCACUUACUCGGAGCAAAGCACGACGGAGUAAGCAAUUCCUGCCAUCCCAGGGGAAGUCUGAUGGAGCAAGUGUAUACGAAGCAGGCGGAAAUCAAGAGACUCAGUCCGUGCACGAAGGCAUCUAUAAAAGACAGCAUCCAGAGAGAGAUUUACGCGAGAGAAAGAUAG